GGUAGAUAGGUCAGUGUGCGACUACCAGGAAGUUCGAGGAGCUGCAUCGCCUUUCGGACAGAUAGACGCGCAGCAUUGUGUAGCAGCCGGCAUCGUCCAUAACUGCGAUUAUGUCGCACCCAUGCGCUCGGUGUGGCAACUCAACCACGCUCACUUGCUCUGCUUGCAAAGCGCCGACAGCCUUGUAUUGCUCCAAGGAUUGCCAGAAGAAGCAUUGGAAAGAACACUCCACUGACUGCAAAAUCUCUCAAGUCAUCGGCACAGGGCCGGCUCAAGACGUUACCUUGACUCCUUCUCGAUCACUCGCCACUGCACAUAAACUCGGACGCGCCGUGUACGACAACGAAGUCCCGGAAGAUGUGCAAACUCGCGUAGACUACGGGUUUUCGAGGGCUCUCGUACCCGCCAACGAGUCAAUGUUGAUUGGCUUGUACACAGGUCUGAUCAAAAUGUUGGGAAUAUCGGCCAAAACGAUUCACGAAUGGCGCCUCAACGGUAUUCUCAUACAGAAGAUUAGGGCAACGUUCGAGCAGCUGCCUUUGGGUCACCGAGGUGGAUAUUAUCCUUGGUUUCUGGAAAACCAGUGGAUACUGGAUCCGACACUUUCUCGACGAAGCGUGGAGGAGGAGAUAUGGCUGCACGCCAAGCGCUAUGCUAACCUCCCCGCCAACCUCCCCAAAGCCGACAUGCUGAGGAUAGUAUCUAAGUGGCCUAAAAACAAGAGAUACUGUUACCAAAUGUCAGCCAUGGUGAUAUCCGGAUUCCGCCCGAAACCGUCGCAGGACUUAUGGAUUCUGUUUGGACUUUGUGCAUGCCCCGAUGAAUGGUCCGAGAAAUGGCUGGGGAUGACUUAUCGAAUGCUUUCGCUAAUUGCACGUCCCGAAUCGAUCAUGCAUUGCUCCUUCUCGGAGCUUUGCGAUGCAUACAAUUCCUCCGACCUCUUGUCGCUGUUCCAGCGACACGGUCUGAAGGGCAACGUCAGCAACAUCCCCCAUCUGCAAGAAGUACUCGAAGGUUCCCCCACGUCGUUCAAGUCGGUCUGGUACUUGAAACAAUUUGCUGUCUCCGAAUGCGAUACUGUGCCGUUGCAGCAGCAAGCCUCCGCUGACUACGGCUUUACAAAUUGCGUAACGAACGGGAAACCUGAUGCGGAGAAGAAGGAGAUGCUCAGAAAAGUGUAUAGGGAGGCAUUCCUCAAAAAGAAGGCAGAUCCACUCGAACUGCAUGAAGCUGCGAUCAAGGGCAAAAUCUUCGAGUUCGUGAGCGAACUGGUGGCAAUUAGGGAGGAUCAGCAGGACAGCCUGAAGGAGAUGAUGAAGAGAGCAGCGCCCGAACAGCCGCAGGAGAACAAACGUAGCGGAAACUAUAAUCGGUCCAAGGAGAAUCCGCGGCGGCCGGAUCCGACGGUGGACGAGUUGUUACUGCGUGCCAAAGGCUACGCUGGCCUUCCGGACAGCGUCACACGAACGGAGAUGACGGAAAUAUUGUCUACGUGGCCUAAAAACACCGUUCACUGUUACCUCAUGGCUGCUAGUAUACUGUGGAACCUUCAUUUUAGCCCAUCGCAAGAUCAGUGGGUGAUGUUCGGCUUUUGCGCAUGUCCCGACGAGGAGUCCGAGGGGGAGCUUGGGGAUCUAUAUCGGUCUCUGAUAGAUUCUUCCCGAGCUCAUCCUGGACAAAGAUCACAGUGCUCCUUCAAGGAACUCUGUGAUGCGUUCAAUUUCUCCGACCUCUUUGCGCUGUUCGAGCGGCAUGGUCUGAAGAAUGUAGCGGAUAGAAUCCCCAAUCUGGCGAACGUACUCGAAGGUUCUCCCACCAGCUUUAAGACGGUUUGGCACUUAAAACAGUUUGCCGUAUCUGACCGUGGCAGUGUCCAGAUGUCGAACGCUGUCGCAUGGGACUAUGGAUUCGUUAAUUGUGUGAAGAAUAGGAAGAAAGGUACAAAACCACCGGAUUCGGAGCUGGUUCAAGAGGCGUAUGGCGACUUCUUCUCCCGGACUCAAAGACGAGGCUCGGCAUCGUCUCGUGGGGUGAUCCCCAAUAUGAUGUCGCUCAGCAGAGUGGAUGCGGAUGCGGUAGAGAUGCUCAGGAAGGUAUAUCAAGAUGUCUUUCUGAAGGCGAAGGCGGACCCGAUGAAGCUGCAUGAAGCUGCAAUGCAAGGAAGGAUUUUUGAUUUCGUGAGCGGCAUCGUGGAGAUCAGGGCAGAUCAGAAGCAGGAACUGAAGGAGCUCAUGGUAAACGUUUAUCCAUUGCGCGACCCUGACGCUGCAUGAAUUUGCUAUGCUAGGGUUGUUUCAUGCUGCG